GUUUUGAUAUUUGAUAUAUUGAAAAACUGGUAAUUAGCUGAAUCGUAGCAAGAUAAUAUAAUAAAGGAUGCCUGGUGAAACUAUAACACUUCAGGCAGGACAAUGUGGGAACCAAGUUGGAUUACAAUAUUGGAAUCAAUUAUCACUGGAACAUGGUAUUCAAUCUGAUGGAACACCAUUAUCAUAUCCUCAAGAUGAUUCAUUACGAUUUCAACAGCAAGGUGCGGAAGAAUCACCUACUUUCAAUCAAAAUCGAGGUGAUAGACCUGAACUUUUUUUCACCGUAUCAGAUUCAAAUAAAUAUACCCCAAGAUCAAUAUUAAUUGAUAUGGAGCCAUCAGUUAUAAGUAAAUGUACUAAUCAAUUAUCUAUGUUCAAUCCCAGGAAUGUUCAUUUGAGUGAUAAUGGAAGUGGGGCUGCUAACAAUUGGCAGAAUGGUCAUUCAUAUGGAGUGGAACAUCAAGAAGAUUUGUUAAAUUUGAUAGAUCGAGAAAUGGAUAAAUGUGAUAAUUUAUCAAAUUUCCAAUUAAUUCAUAGUGUGGCCGGUGGAACAGGUUCAGGAGUUGGAUCAUUAUUACUUGAAUUAUUGAAUGAUAGAUUUGGAAAUAAAAAAUUAAUCAAUACCUUUCUGAUUUUUCCAUCUAAUGAAAAAACUAGUGAUGUGGUGGUUCAACCAUAUAAUACAGUAUUAACUUUAAAAAGAUUGAUUGAUUUCAGUGAUUCUACAUUUAUGUUUCAUAAUGAUGCUGUGAAUAGUAUAGAGAAUUUAUUACUUCGUAAUUCAACUUCUCAAAGUGAUGAAAUAUUUGAAAGUACCAAUAAACUUAUAUCAUAUGUCCUGAGUACCAUAUCGAAUCCAUUAAGAUUUCCCGGAUAUAUGUAUAGUUCUACUGAAAGUAUUUUAUCGACAUUGAUACCUACCCCUAAUUUGAAGUUUUUAACUACCUCCAUAGCUCCAUUCAAUAACUCAUUAACUGAAUAUGAUAUGAUAUUGGAAUUAUUAAAUGAUAAAUAUAAGAUGAACCGAGUUGGAUCACAAACAAGCUAUAUUAGUGUGUUGAAUUAUUUGGUAGGAACCAAUUUAGAUCAACAAGAAAUACGGAAGGGGAUAAUUAAAUCACAACAAAGAGUUGAAUUUGUACCAUGGACAUCAAAUUCUAUACAAGUAGUUCAUGGUAAGAAAUCUCCAUUUUUAAAAUCAGCUUCUAAAUUAGGAGGUAUACAAAUCUCAAAUAAUACAUCUAUCAUACCAGUUUUCAGUAAGAUCCUUAAACAAUAUGAUUUAUUAGCUAAAAGAGAAGCAUAUAUUAACUCCUAUACUGAAUCCAAUGAUAGACAAGAAAGGUUAAGAGUGAUGGAUUUAUUUAACGAAUGUCGAGAAAGCAUUGCUAAUGUCAUAGAUGAGUAUAAGUCGUGUCAACUUGAUAAUUACUUAGAUGAUGAGAUCUUAUUAGAAGAUGAAGUUAUGUAAUUGUAUUUAUAGUAUUAAAAGAAUGUAUUAAUAUAAUGGAACGCGUUCCUGAAUUAGGAAAGUGCCGCUUUAUCCCUUUUGGGACAGAUUGUAAUUCCGCACUUUUUCGUUAUCUGUUUAAAAAAUUAAGAAACUGCACCACCACCACAAUAUAGCAACCACAGUUAAUUUGGGGUAUACAGAGUUUGAGGUUUCGGUUUACGUUUAGGUUUAGGUUUCGGUUUCGGAUAUAAUUAUAAUGAGCAAUGAUAGCCUGAAGAAGUGUUAGAUGACUAAUGUAACGGUUGUGAAAAUCUACAUCUACAGCCACAGACACUUCUUAAUUUCAUUAUAGUUAGUAUCAAUUAUUGUAGAUAA